UGCAGAGAUGGAUCGUUGCAAUUGCUUCGCAGUGUCCCUAUUGUUGGAACAUAACGUCUACGCAAGGAAUGGUAAGGAAUUUUUUGACAUGCAUGGACUACAGGUCGCUGAAGUUGCUAGUUGCCUCGACAUGUUACUGGACGGUCGAGUGAGUCAACUUCGGGAGGUGGUCGAACGCAGUCAGGCGUGGCAGUAUUUAUACUUGAUCACCGGUCAGGGCAAACACAGCCGAUAUGGUGUGCCGCAAAUAAAGAACGCAACCGUCGAUCAUUUAACGAAACGGGGACUAUGUUUCAGGUCAGAUGACAGGAAUGAUGGCUGCUUGAUUGUUUGGAUCGACAAAGAUAUGGCCUUAUCUUCAGAGCUGCGUUGAGCAUUCGUUUGGUUAGCUUUUCAUGGUGGAAAACGUUUCAACGUCAGAAGCAACACUUCGACCACU